UUAGAUUGUUGCAGCACAAGGGAGAAAGUUAUUGGAGAAAGUACAGGAUUCUUAGCAGUAUGGUAUUGAGGGUAUUUUCUACGUGGAGCCAACUGCAACUGUUGUCAAUAGUUGGCAUUGUUUUACACCUCACUGCUGAUACUUUAAGGGUUUCGGGAGCCAGUAUUCCAAACAAUUUACCACUGCAGAAAAAACACUAUCAUCUUCUGUCAAAACUUUCACAUUAUGAAGUAGUCCAGCCAUACAGAUCAACCCCAGAUGGGCAGUUCUUAAGUCAUGACCUGUCAACUUCAAAAGAAGAGGAAAAAGAUGUUUAUGAGCGUGCUAAAAGAGACACUCUUCUAAACAGAGAUGGGAGAUCACGCUACCAACGAAGUGCUCCUGAAGAUGACAGCCAAGGGCUCAAACAUCACUUCAGAGUGGAUGCAUUUGGUGUUGAGAUCCGCUUAAAUGUUACCAGGAAUCGAUUUAUUGUAACACCUAAGAUGAAGGUUGAGUUGCAUAAAGAAGAUGGUACCAAGAAAGUUUAUAGACCGAAUACACUUUGCUUCUAUUCUGGUGGUGUAGAUAACAGUCCACGAUCUUCAGUUGCUAUUAGCAAUUGUGAUGGAUUGAGCGGUUUCAUAAAAACUGGUGAUGAAGAAUUUAUCAUUGAACCAUUGGUGUCUACUAUUGGUCAAUCUGGGGCCAAUAUCUCUGAGGGUCAUCUUCACAUCAUGUACAGAACCAAAGACUUCACCCUAGAGUCAACAAAGCUCAUGGCAGAUUUGACCUUUGACCUGCACCAUGACACCCCAGAGAGGAAUAUAUCCCAAGAGGAACCCUUCUCAAGUUCAGAACGUGAGAGACGACGGGCUGGAGAUCCAGGACAGAAACACUUUGUUGAGACACUUCUUACUGCUGACUACUCUAUGACAAGUUUUCAUGGGAUAGACUAUGUGCCAACCUAUCUUCUUACCAUGUUGACUAUUGUCAAUAUGGCUUACCAUCAUGACUCCAUGUCAGCUGAUAUCCAAUUUGCUGCAUCAAGGAUCAUCCUUCUAAGCUAUGAACAGUCUGCCAGCAUGGUUGUAGAGCGUCAAGCACAGGCAAGUUUAGCUCAUAUCUGCCGUUGGUCAUCAACACAGACUGUUCGAGAUGAAAACUCUGCAAACCACCAUGAUUUAGCUGCAUUUAUUACCAGAUUAGAUUUCGGACCAGCAGGUUAUGCUCCAGUGACUGGAAUGUGUGAUAUGAGAAGAAGCUGUGCCCUUGCUAGAGACGAGGGUCUACUGUCGUCCUUUGUGGUCGCACACGAAGCUGGACAUGUAUUUGGUAUGGAGCACGAUGGAUCUGGAAAUACUUGUACAGAGGAUCCCUAUCUUGGCUCCAUUAUGGCACCUGUCGUCAUUUCAACUUACAAUAAUCAUUUCUGGUCAGAAUGCAGUAAUGCAGAACUUCUUCGAUACCUUAGAGCUUACACCUGUUUAGAGGAUUCUCCAUUUGAAAGUGGCCUUCCAGAGUUAGAUGGAUAUCCAGGGGAAUGGUACGAUAUGAAUGAUCAGUGUAAAUUUGACUUUGGUGAAGAAUUUGAACUUUGUGGAACUCCAGAGGAAUCUAAAUCUUGUCAUCAAUUAUGGUGUAUUGAUCCCUGGGAUCCCCAGUACUGUCGUACCAAGAAGGGACCAGCACUGGAUGGGUCUGCUUGUGGUAGCGACAAGUGGUGCAUUCAAGGAAUCUGUGUUUAUAGAGACAUGGGCCGACAGAAUGGGGAGUGGAGUAAAUGGUCCCAAUGGAGUGAUUGCUCCUACCCAUGUGAUGUUGGUGUUGAAGUCAGAAUUAGGAAAUGUGAUAACCCAGCGCCCUCUCAUGGAGGAAAAGACUGCAAAGGAGAAUCUUAUGAAUACCGUCUGUGUAAUACCAAGAAAUGUGUUGGUGAUUUGGAAGACAGAAGAGCUAAGCAGUGUGAAGACAAUCUAGCCAGCUUUACUCACAGAUCAACAAUUCACUCAUGGCUCCCAUUUGAGAAUAGAAAUAAAACAUUACAGUGUCGAUUAACAUGCAUCUCCAGUAAGACAGAAGAUGUUGUUGUGACGGACUACAAUGUGACGGAUGGAACACCUUGUUCAUAUGAUGACCAUCACAGUAUCUGUGUACAAGGCCAAUGUGUGAAACUAGGAUGUGACAAAGUUGUUGAUUCAAGCAAAGUCGAAGACAGAUGUGGAAUAUGUGAAGGAGAUAGUAGCCAGUGUAACUUCAUUCAGAAACAUUUUUACAGUGAGCCAAAGAAAAAGUAUCAACAGAUUGAUGCAUUACCUGCUGGGUCACGCUAUGUCGACGUCAGGGAAAACACACACACGGAUAGCUUUAUUGCAUUAAGAAAAGCCGACAAGUCUUACAUACUGAAUGCUCGUAGCACCCAGUCUGGACCACAUUCUUUUAUUGAAGGCAGAGCUAGAUUUGUUUAUGCCCCUGAUGAGGAUAGACUCUUUACUGUUGGGCCACUUCAAGCAGAUCUGGAUUUGUUGGUUUUCUGGAAAAAGAACAGCAAACCUAUCAACAUAACCUAUAGCUACUAUAUAGAGAAAACUGCUGAUUCUACUAAUACAGAACAAACGGCCUCUGUACAUAUUUUAUCAGCGCCUGCUGUUGUUACAGAUCCCCCUCAUGUUCCUAUACUAGAAGUGGAGUUUAUUUGGCAGGAUAUGGGAUGGACUCGGUGUACUCAAACUUGUGGUGGAGGUUUCUCUUUCCAUAGCUUCCAGUGUAUUAAGAACAGUGAUGACUCAAGAGUGAAGAAAACCUUUUGUGGACAGGGCAGCUACAACCCUAAGGCAUCCAAGAAACCUUGCAAUCAACAAUCCUGUGAUGAAACUAUAAUUGAACCAGAAACAGCCCCUUUAGUUACAACCCAAAUGCCACAACCUGCCACAUCUAAGCUUAUCACAACUACUCUGCCUGCAACUACAACAACCCAGCAAACUACAACACAGCGUACCACUACAACACAGCGUACCACCACAACCCAGCAAACUACAACAAAGCCUCCAACAACAACCCAGCAAACUACAACAAAGCCUCCAACAACAACCCAGCAAACUACAACCCAGCCUCCCACCACAACCCAGCAAACUUCAACCCAGCCUCCCACUACAACCCAGAAAACUACAACCCAGCCUCCCACUACAACUCAGCCUCCAACAACAAUGCAGACUACCACCAAAAUGACAACCACAGUUCCACCAACGACAACUAUAAGAACAACUCGACCACCAACCACUCCUACAGUGACAAAGAAACCCUUUAAACCAUCAGGAGGAGGAAAGAAGAAACCUGUCUUUAAGUGGCAAGUAGAUGAAUGGAACCCGUGCUCUCAUACCUGUGGUUCUAAUGGUGUCCAAUCACGAGGGGUACGCUGUAUAAAAAAAAAUGGUAGAAAGGUGUCAUCUACUGCAGCUGAGAGGUGUAUUGAGGAGAAGCCAGCGACUCGUCAGAAUUGCAACCAGGAACUUUGUCCAGCAUUCUGGAGUAUUGGGGAUUGGUCUAGUUGUACCGUCACUUGCGGAGAUGGGUUCAUGAGUCGUACAGUUAUGUGUGGAGCCCCUACAGAUAAUCCGGAAGAAUUUAAUUGUUUUGAAGAUCGACCAAUGGACACAAGUCCCUGCAAUCUUGGAGAGUGCCCUGUAGAAGAAAAUGUGUGUACUCCUCUGCAGAGUGUUAUCUGUAACCCUGAUUCAUUCCGCACGUACUGCAAUUUGCCUAACUAUAGUGAUGUUUGCUGUACAACUUGUGAAGAGCAAGAACAAAAUCAACAAGAGAAAGAAACCACUGUAGAAGUAAACCCUCAGGAAAAGAAAAAGAAGAAGAAGAAAAAGAAGAAAGGCCGUGGACGAUCUGGAAGGAGACAACUGUAGAUGACAUGCAAAACAAAGUUUUCCUCCAUUAUCUUUAUUCUUAUUUUUUAGCAUACGAAGACCAAUUUAGUUUGAACAUCUUUAUUUGUAAAUCGAGUUAAACUAACCAGCAGAGUAUGAUUGAAAUGGCCCACCUUAUGCAAAUGAGUCCUUUGUGCUGAGCAAUCCAAAUGGUUUUCUUUUUCAUGGUACUUAAUUUCAUUGCAAUUUUAAGGAUGGGUACUUUUUAAACACCAAACACAAUGUCCACAGAUUUACAUUAACUUUUUGACUCGUGGUCACCGAGACAAAAAUUGUUUUCCUGACAUUGUUUUACUCAUUUCUCAAAAACUACAGCACCCCAGCAAGUAAUAUUUUCAG